CUCAGCGGACAGCGGGAGGUUGUUGCUGACCACUGAAAGACGACUUCUGAAAGCUGUUUAAAUGAGAAUGUCCCUGGCGCAGAGAGUACUACUGACAUGGCUUUUCACGUUACUCUUCCUGAUUAUGUUGGUGCUAAAGUUGGAUGAGAAAGCACCGUGGAACUGGUUCCUCAUUUUUAUUCCAGUCUGGAUAUUUGAUACUAUUCUUUUAGUUAUGUUGAUUGUAAAAAUGGCUGGACGUUGCAAGUCUGGCUUUGAUCCUCGUAAUGGCUCCCAAAACAUCAAGAAAAAAGCUUGGUAUCUCAUUGCAAUGCUACUUAAAUUAGCCUUCUGCCUUGCCCUCUGUGCUAAGCUGCAACGAUUUACUACCAUGAAACUAGCCUAUGUAUUUAUCCCUUUGUGGGCUCUGCUUAUUGGAGGUAUGAUUGAACUCGGAUACAAUAUCUUCUACGUACGAAGAGACUAAAAUGUAGUGUGUUGUUUCCAAGUCUGAGAAUGGUACCAAAUUACUGGAUUAUUAUUGCUUUGCCACAAACUUGAUCUCUAAGUUAGAACAUCAAGUAGGAAAUCAGUCACUCUGGGGACCAUCUAAACCAGACUGAAAGCUGAAAAUAGAUCUGUUCCUUUUUUUAUUUCAAAACUGUCACACGUGCUCUUGUAAAUAAAAGUAUGUGUUCAACAGU